CUUUGGCCUCUGACAAAAAACAUUAUGCUUAUGCUCACACCCACCCCUCAACCCAAACCAUAUCCAGUCUUUCUAUCUUUUCCAUCUCACAUAGAAAUUUUUGGAAAAAACCUCCUAUCCUAGGGUUCCUUUGCCCUGUAGAGUUUUUAUUAAAUCUCCAACUCUUAAUUAGUGAGUUAAAAGAAAAAUCGAAAGCUGUCUACCGAUCUUAUCCUCCCUCUCAUGCCACGGUUGCACUAAGACACACUCAGCAGAAUUGUGGUCUUUCUGAAAAGCUGGUUUCAGUUAGAUUGAUAAAUUGUUUGGACAAAACUGGACAAGUUUUGAUUAGAAGAGGAGAGAAAGAGUCAGUCGAAACAUGGGUUACAUAUGCGAUUUUUGUGGGGAUCAAAGGUCCAUGGUGUAUUGCCGGUCUGAUGCGGCGUGCUUAUGUUUAUCAUGUGACCGAAAUGUCCACUCUGCAAAUGCCCUGUCUAGGCGUCAUUCAAGAACACUUCUUUGUGAAAGAUGCAAUUCACAACCCGCAUUAGUAAGAUGCACAGAAGAAAGAGUGUCUCUUUGUCAGAAUUGUGAUUGGAUGGGUCAUGGAACAUCUACCUCAGCUUCAGCACAUAAGAGGCAAACGCUCAAUUGUUACUCUGGCUGCCCAUCAGCUUCUGAACUGUCUUCUAUCUGGUCAUUCGUUUUAGAUUUACCUGCUGCAGGCGAAUCUGCUUGCGAGCAGGAAAUGGGAUUGAUGAGCAUCGCAGAGAACAGCACUGGAAGUGCUUGGAGCCCUCCAGAAAGUAACACUAAACAAAAUGCAUCUGGUAUAGUUGAAGUGAAUGGUGUACGUUCCGUUGAUAAGUCCGGUGUUCUUGUUGGUUCCUCUUCGGUGCCUGAACUUAACCCUGCUACUCAUGUUGUUGGCCAGCAGGCCGGAUCUGAAAAUGCAACCUUGCCUAAGUUAUUCUGUCAUGGGACCAAAGGUCCUGCAAUCCCUGAAGAUGAUGACCUUUAUGAUGAUUUCGAUAUGGAUGAAAUGGAUUUGAAUCUUGAAAAUUAUGAAGAAUUAUUUGGUGUAUCUCUGAAUCACUCUGAAGAGCUUUUUAAGAAUGGUGGGAUUGAUAGCUUGUUUGGGGCAAAGAACAUGUCCAGGGGUAAUUCCAAUUAUCAGGAUGUGGGUGCUGCUGAGGGGUCUUCAGUUGGACUGGUAAAUGCUUUACAGCCAGCAUGCAGUAAUGCUGCAUCUGCUGAUUCUGUAAUGAGUACGAAAACUGACCCAAUUAUUUGUUUUCCGGCAAAACAAGCACAAUCAAACCUUUCAUUUUCGGGUGUUACUGGAGAGAGUAGUGCUGGAGAUUGUCAAGACUGUGGGGCUUCCUCAAUGCUUCUCAUGGGAGAGCCGCCAUGGUGUCCUCCAUGCCCUGAGAGUUCCAUGCAAUCAGCUAACCGUAGUAAUGCUGUUAUGCGUUACAAGGAAAAGAAGAAGGCACGCAAGUUUGACAAAAGGGUGAGGUAUGCUUCUCGCAAAGCAAGGGCUGAUGUAAGAAAGCGUGUGAAAGGGCGCUUCAUUAAAGCUGGUGAAGCUUAUGAUUAUGACCCCUUGAACCAGGCCAGAACCAGAAGCUACUGAGUACAAUUUUUAACUAUGUUUUAUAAAGCAAAAGAAACACUUGCCUGUUUGAUUGGAAAGACUUACUUAUUGUCACUUAAUAAUGAAUGAAAUUAAUGCGUCUUUUCCUUGUGCAGUGAUAAGCUGUAUGAUUGUAUCACAGGGCCUUGGUUUCCAUCGGGAGAAGAGGGUUGAUGCAAAAAGCCAGGUUCUGGUGCUUCACUAAUGAAGUGGAGGAGCAGAUUUCUGACUCCACAUCACCAUAACAGAUUGACAGAUAAUGACAUUAUCCGGAUCGCAAAAGCCUGCCCUGUCCUUUAAGCUAUGAGCUUUCCUCACCUGUUCUGUUUCUCUGGGCAAAGUUCAUCUGUUCAAUCAUUCUCCAGGGAGGAUUCAUGUUGGUCUUCCAGCCAUAAUAUGCUUCGUGUUGAUUAUCUCAGUUAUUAUAUUUUUGUCCUGCUGGUCUGAUGACCUCUAUAAAAAAUGCCUGCCAUGACAUCUUGGGUGGCCAAACUUGUAAUUGCCUUGUCAGUAGAAUAGCCUGCAAUUAUUUCCUUCGCUUUUUCUGUUCAUUUGACAUGCACAGGAUCUGUAUGUAUGCCAGUUGAGUGUUAUGAGAUCUGACCUAAAACCAUUGUUGGGCAGACUUUAAACUUGAAGUUGUAAAUUGCAGUUUCUUUUUUGUGGACCUGGUUACACAGGAACAGAGGAUGGUUACUCAUGCAGUUAGGGGAGAAUAGUUUGUAAUAUCUUUAUACCAAUAGGGGAGGGGGUGUUAUUUGUUUUUGUUGCCAUCAAUGUAAAAGGUUUUUUCAAUUGGAAUACAGUUCACCUUGUAACUCUAGUGGUUAUA